AUGCUGCCCCUGUCCAUCAAGGACGAUGAAUACAAACCACCCAAGUUCAAUCUGUUGGGCAAGAUCUCGGGCUGGUUUAGGUCGAUCCUGUCGGACAAGACGUCUCGGAACCUGUUUUUCUUCCUGUGCCUCAACCUCUCCUUCGCUUUUGUGGAACUCCUCUACGGCAUCUGGAGCAACUGCUUAGGGCUGAUUUCCGACUCUUUUCACAUGUUUUUCGAUAGCACUGCCAUUUUGGCUGGGUUGGCAGCGUCUGUUAUUUCGAAAUGGAGAGAUAAUGAUGCUUUCUCUUAUGGGUAUGUCAGAGCGGAAGUGCUGGCUGGCUUUGUCAAUGGGCUGUUUUUGAUCUUCACUGCCUUUUUUAUUUUCUCAGAAGGAGUUGAGAGAGCUCUGGCGCCCCCCGACGUGCACCACGAGCGCCUGCUGCUGGUCUCCGUCCUGGGCUUCGUGGUGAACCUGGUGGGGAUAUUCGUGUUCCAGCACGGAGGCCAUGGCCAUUCGCACGGCUCUGGCCAUGGACACAGCCAUUCCCUCUUUAACGGUGCCUUGGACCAGGCCCUCGGCCACGGAGACCAUUGCCACAGCCCGGAACUGAAACACGGCACCGCACACAGCCAUGACCACGCGCACAGCCACGACCACACGCACAGCCACGACCACGGACACGGACACUUCCACUCCCACGAUGGCCCCUCCUUCAAGCAGACAGCAGGCCCCAGCAGACAGAUUUUACAAGGUGUGUUUCUGCACAUUCUCGCAGACACGCUGGGGAGCAUCGGGGUGAUUGCGUCCGCCAUCCUGAUGCAGAACUUCGGGCUGAUGAUAGCAGACCCAAUCUGCUCCAUCCUCAUAGCCAUGCUCAUCGUCGUGAGUGUCAUCCCUCUCCUGCGGGAGUCGGUGGGCGUGCUGAUGCAGCGGACGCCGCCGCAGCUGGAGGGCGCCCUGCCGCAGUGCUACCAGCGGGUACAGCACUUACAGGGCGUCUACAGUUUACAGGAACAGCACUUCUGGACCUUGUGUUCUGACGUGUACGUCGGGACCCUGAAGUUAGUGGUGGCGCCUGAUGCCGACACCAGGUGGAUUUUAAGCCAAACACACAAUAUUUUUACUCAGGCCGGAGUGAGACAGCUUUACGUACAGAUCGACUUCGCAGCCAUGUGA